UGCCCUUGAUCCAUCGCCCAGCAGCUCCAGCACGGAGUGCGCGGACCACGGGGGCAGGGUUCCCAGUGCUGGCUCCUAGGGCUCAGGGAAAGGGGAUGGGAAGCCAGAGAGAGUCUCAGCACCGUCCCUGCAGCUGUGGGCAGGACUGGGAACUGGCCCCUCCUGGAGCCUGGAACCAGAGGUCACAAAUAUUAACUCACCCAGCAGAAAGACGAAAGAAGUCCACCUUAAGAGCAGCUGGAGCAAUGGCGACCGGAGGAGUGCGAAGACAAGGAGUUCUGAGUGCUGGUUUUUGACAGACAUCAUUCUUAAGGUAUGGUGAUCAUCACUUGUUAAGACCCAAAGUGUGCAAAGCGCCUAGCCGAAGUGGUUUUGUUAGGCUAGGGUUUGGAGGUGGAGCGCAGACCUGGGACGCAGGAGCCAAGUCCCCGCCCCUACUCCCGGGUGGUUCAGGGCGAAGCCCGACGGUCUAGGGCGGUGGCAGGGCCCCGCCGGCAGCGGCCUGGGGCUCCUCUUUUCUUGGCCCGGAAAUCCAGGCCUCAAUCCUCGCGGGUGCACCCGACUCACCGGGCUCCCCGAGCCUUGAAGUGCUCGGUCAGCGCGGAGCCAGAGACGCGCGCCUCUGAUUCCGAGGCGGACACCCGCGCGCCUGCAUGGCCACCGGAACGGCUUCGAGCGGCCUCAGGCUGCCCAGGGGUUCCGCGGUCUUCACCACCUUCCCCGACCUGCUCUUCAUCUUCGAGUUUGCCUUUGGGGGGCUGGUGUGGAUUCUCAUCCUCUUGACCCAGGUGCCCGUCCCCCUGGUCCAGGGCUGGGUCCUGUUCGUGUCCGUGUCCUGCUUCACAGUCACCACUCUCCUGCUUUUCCUCUACAUUGUUGGUGCCCAUAAGAACUGGAAUUUCUGGAUCACCCUGGACACAGCCUACCAUUGCCUCGCCGCCCUGUUCUACUUCAGCGCCUCUGCCCUGGAAACUCUGGUCACUAUCGGCCUGCAAGACGACAUACACAAACAUUACAGUGAAAACAUCUCCGCUGUGGUGUUUUCAAUCAUAGUCACACUGCUGUACAUGGUCCACGCCGUGUUUUCUUUAAUCAGAUGCAAGGUUUCCUACAGGAACAGAGAACAUUCCUGAAAACAGACAAUGGUCACUCAUCAGGCUGCCUUCCAGCAUAACAUUUGAGGCUGCAGAAUUGCUCUCGAUUGUGGAAAAA